UUGAUAUAACUAGCAGGCGUUGCAAUUUCGGAAUCUGUCCUUGUAUGAUGGCGGACGAAAAUUUCCACUGGAGAAACCGCAACGCAUAGCCUACCCUGAAUACGGAAAAAAAAUGAAAAAAUAAAACUAAUAAACCGAGCCCGGACGGACUGUAGCCUACACCUUCGUCAAAACAAUCGGGCUCAUUCCGGAAGAUGUCAAGGUUGCAAGCUCGGAAAUAAAGCUGUUUUAAUUUUGAUCAUUUGAGAAUGAAUACCGGUAACUCAUUUUAUUUCAAAGCGUUAUUUGUACAGUCACCUCUUGUGGAUGAGGAGGAUUUUGGAGCUCGAGCAAGCCUACUCGCAUGAGCUGCAUCAUUUUGGGAGCCCUAGGAACGCUGGCCCUGAGUAGUAGGAGUCAUGAGUGCUCAGGAGGUGCCUACCAAUCCUGCGCAGGAGCAGGUUGACACGGGGGAUGGAGUCCCAGAUGGCCCCACCGCUACCCCGACGACCGCCACCCUCGCUGUCCCGGUCACAAUAAAGAAGGAGCCUGGCACGCAGGGGGCCAGUAAUGGGAAAGAUGUGCCUGCCGAGAUCUGCGUGGUCCUCGGUGGAGGAGGAAAGUCUCGCAAUGACCAGACCCAGGGCUCCUAUGUUUGUGGGAUAUGUGGGAAGAAAUAUAAGUACUACAACUGCUUUCAGACGCACGUCCGUGCCCACAGAGAGUCCGACAGCAUGCCAGGGGAGGGUGCACCACCAGCUCCCAACAAUAGCUUCCGCUACUCCUGUGACAUCUGCGGGAAGAAAUACAAGUACUACAGCUGCUUCCAGGAGCAUCGUGACCUGCAUGCUGUUGACGACCCAUAUGAGCAGGUGGUUCUAGGACCUGUGGAAGACCUCAAGGAGGAGCCGCAAGUGGAACCAUUCCAGAAAAUGGGACCAAAAACUGGGAGCUACGUGUGUGAGUUCUGUGGGAAGCAGUACAAGUACUUCAACCCAUACCAGGAACAUGUGGCACUUCACCAACCAACGAAUUGGUCCUUCGAUAAUAUGAAGUCGCCUCGGUCACGUGGAAGUGUGGGUGGAAACAUGGAUGUCAGCAAGUACAGUGCCACUAAACUAGAAACCGACAGUCCCUUCAGUCGGAAAAUAGAGAGCAAAACCCAGUCCAGCUUGGUGGACACCAACAGUUCCCAGAACUCAAGCGGUACUCCAAGCCCCCUGGUGACCGGUUCGUUCCCUGCGUCACAGAAACCCUACACAUGUGGCGCCUGUGGCAUCCCGUUCCAGUUCUACAACAACCUGCUGGAGCACAUGCAGUCCCACGCUGCGGAUAAUGAAAAGCAUAUCAAAGGGGAGUCUCCAAAGACAUCACCGGGCCCAGCCUCACAGGACCAGUUAUGGAGGUCCCCCCAGCCCCAGCAUCAGGCCCAAGCUCAAAUAGUUCAAGUCCAGAUACAGGCUCAAUCCCAGGCUGCACAGAGAAAACACUCCAUCAACCAGAACAGUGGUGGGUUACCGGAGAAGGAAAGGCAACAGGUAGCCGAGCGUCUCCUGAGGGUGAUGUGUACAGACCUGGGCAUGCUCAACAUGCUCAACAGCAAGGACUUCCUGAAGCUAGCCCAGACCCUGGUGGACACGGGUGCCCGCCACGGUGCCUACUCCACCCGUGACGCCCUGGGCAACAUGAGCUCUCUGGCCCUACGCCAGCUUCCCCGCAUGUACAACCAGGUCAAGGUGAAGGUGACUUGCGCCCUAGGCUCCAACUCCUACCUGGGCAUUGCUGUCACCUGCCACUCCCAGACAGUGGGACCUGAUGCCUGCCUAGUGCUGACAGCCUACCAGGUGGAGGGGUCCAGGCUCAAGCGCUAUGUUUUAGGCGUCAAGGAGGCAGACCUGAGGGAGGCACCAGAGCAGGUGCACCAGUGGACACAGAACGUGCUGUCGGAGUUCGUCAUGUCAGACAUCCGCACGGUGUACGUGACUGAGCCGCGGGUGGGGGUGGGGGGCUUGCCGCUGGGUGGAGGCGGGCGGAGAAAGGUGUGCCUGCGGUGUGCCGGGUGCUCGUUGAGUGCUGUGGUUCAAGCGGUGCUGGGGAAGCACAGCUUGCAGGCAAGGGGGCUCCACGAGCUGGCUGAGCUGUUGGCUGCCUGCCAUGACAUCGCCGCCUCCACCAGCCUCUUGUCCACCAGCGCCGCCACGGAUGAGGGCAUGUCUAACCCCUCCACUCCCCCUGGGCUCAGCCCCACUCCUCCCUGCUGGGACCGCAUGGCUGAGGCCCUCCUUCAGGUGCACUCCCACUUUGAGCAGAUCUUCGAGGCGUAUGGGAGGAGCAAGGCCACGGCUUCCACACUGCAGGGCCUCAACAAGCACCUUCUAGGGACACUGACCUGCCUGUUGGCCCCUCUACGCCUGGCUGCCCUGGAACUCAGUAGCCAGAGGAGGCCAACCCUGCAACAGGUGCUACCUGUCUACCUGCGCUUGGAGAAACUGUUCACCUCCAAGGCUGGGGAAGUGGGGACCUCCAGCAAGCUCUGCCAUUACUUUCUGGAAGCUCUUAAGGAGAACUUCAAGGUGGAGAAAGCCCACCAGGUAGCCAUGGUGCUGGACCCCCAGCUGAAGCUGCGUCCUGUCCCAGCCUACCAGCAAGAGGAGAUCAUCGCCCACGCCUGCGAGAUGGCCACAGACGGCCGCGACGGUGGGGGAUCCGGAGGUGAGGAUGUGGAUGGACCCUCAACACUCAAACGGCUCCGCGUGGACGUCCCCAGGGGUGGGGUGAAUGCCAGAGGGGUAGUAGCCGUGUCAUCGUGUGAGGCGGCGUCAGAUGAAUGCCAGACCCAGGUGAGACAGGAGGUGUUCCAGUAUCUGGCUGAACCGCUCCUCCAGGGUACCAACCCAGACCUCUUCCACUACUGGAGCACCACUGUGGGUGACCGCUACCCCAGACUGGCACGCCUGGCACUGUGGCUGCUGGCUGUGCCCGCGGUGGGUGUCCGCAGCGAGUGUGUGAGCGUCUGUGAACAGAGCUUGGCCAUGAAGAGGAGGCAGCAGGUCACCGCCGAGGAGAUGAACAAACUCAUCUUCCUGCGCUCCAACAUGGCCUGAAUGUUACGGUCCGACCAAUAAGGCUGACCGAACCACGACCAUAGCUCGACUGUCCUAGACCGACCCACCAAUGACUACACAGACUUUCUACAGCGGGAUAGCGGAACCCAUAGUGCGAUCUUCUCAAGAUGCUGAUCAAACUGUGGUUAGUGCCAAAUGCAACAAAGAAAAAAUGUAUUAUCAGGGGUUGAAUUGCUUUUAAAAUUGAUAGGAUAAAUGACAAGGAUAGUAAGUAAGGGGUGUUGCGUCUGGUGCUAGCUAGUAACCGCUGUUAUUAGUAACCGCUGUUAUUCUUUGGCCCUUAAAGAUCUCGCUUUCACUGAAUCACUUCUGACCCUUAUGUGUCAAAGUCAAUUUCAUGCCUUUACUAUGUUAUCAAACUGCCGUCUUUUUACAAUUUCUUCAAUGGCUUGUAGUUGUCUGGCUUUAGUAGCCCUUUGAAGGACUAAAGGAGGAAGAUUGGCCUUCGGUGGUUGUGUAUGGCCUGGCAUCAGAUCCGUUCUGGACAAUGGUGCCAUUGGUGUGCACUUUGUUACUGAGUGACUAUACUGAAUGACUUGAUGGUUGGGGUGGGUGUGAUUAGGAACUCGUCGGCCUGAUUGCUAUAUAUAUUUUAGUAAUAAUAAAUUCAAUAUAAAGAGUAAAAGAGAACUUAAAUGUAGUGGGCCUCCAACCCCACCCAGACAACAUAUCCAUCCAACUCCCCACACCUGGAAACCAUGUUUCCCUCCAACUCCCCACACCAUGAAACCAUGUUUCCAUCCAACUCCCCACACCUGGAAACCAUGUUUCCAUCCAACUCCCCACACCUGGAAACCAUGUUUCCAUCCAACUCCCCACACCUGGAAACCAUGUUUCCCCACCCCCCUAGAAACUAGGUUUGCUCGUCAGUCAGCAUUCCCCCUCCAGGUGACCAGAGGUGUCGAAAGCAUUCCACAGGGAUGCUGGCCCAUGUUGACUCUAAUGCUUUCCACAGUUGUGAAGUUGGCUGGAUGUCCUCUGGAUGGUGGACCAUUCUUGAGACACACACAGGAAAAUGUUGAGCGUGAAUACAACAGCGUUGCAGUUCUAGACACACUCAAACCGGUUUGCCUGGCACCUACUACCAUACCCCGUUCAAAGGCACUUCAAAAUGUUGUCUUGCCCAUUCACCCUCUGAAUGGCACACAUAGACAAUCUAUCCAAUUUAUUAUAAUUUAUUAUUUUGUAUGUGUUGGGCUUUAUACAUUUUAUUUGUAUGUAUUAGGCUUUAGCUAAGAUUAUUCUUUAGAGUCAAGUAUAUUUGUCCAGGCCUCAAUUGUUUCUUGAUUAGCACCAUUCAUUCUCGCUGUGGAUAAUUCUGAUGUUAGAGCUUCUAACAGUAACUGUAUCCACUGGAGAAUUGGGAGAGAGUGAGGUGAUUGCCAUCUAAGACACAACAGCUUUUUUUUGCGGCAAUGCUGCCUGCCAGCAGUUAAUCAUCUCUUAUUGAGAGGUUCAAGGAGCUAUCGUUGUUAAGUAACAUAAUAGAUGCAAAGCAUUGAAUAUUUACAUUGACGCACAUUAACUGCAGGGCACUCCCACAUAAUUUGAAAAAUGUGCCUACCUGAUUUAGGGGACACAGUGAACAGUUGGGAGUUGGGGCCAAUGUCAUCAUAAAACGCAUCCUUGGUGAUAAAUACAGUCUGUGAACAAACUUAAAAUGUAUAAAUGAAUGGUUUGUGUAGGUCAUAUUUUUCCAUGUUCUGUUCGUUAGUCAGAUUCAAUUAGAUCUGUCGAACAAUACUUUUUUUUAAUGGCUAGCUCAGAAUGAGCUUUCCAAGUUGUUUAUAUAUUAUAGAGAUCGGUCCUUUCCAGAGCCCAGAUAAUGUAUUUAUUAGUCCCAUCAUUGGAUGGUUCGGUAGAUGGGUUUCCCAAGGGACUUCUUACGCCAGCAUAGCUGACCUAAGUUGGGGGAAAAAAAGAAAGAAAAAAUGUACAAAAGAAAAAAGAGUUGCCUGGUAAUGUGUAUAUCUCAAAUCUUGGAAUAUUCUCAAACCAUUUCUGUCCAUGAUAUCGGUAAAGGUACGGACUCCAAAUUUGGACCAUUGGGGAGGAUGCAAAAGGCUGCCCUACAGAUCGCAAGGCACUCUUGUGAUAUAUUGGAGCAUGCCAUUUUGAUUCCUAGUUGCGUUGUUUAACAACUGGCGCAAAAUAUAAAUUGUGUGAGCUAUAAUGGGACCAAAGCAUACUUGACAUUGUUUAAGGGGUAUAUCUGUGAAGACCACCUCUUCCAUGGCAAUAGGAGACAAUGUUUCUCUCUCUAUUCAGCCAAGGGGAAAAAGAAUCAUGUCUAAAACAAUUUAGCAUGGGUUGAAAUGCUGGUGCCUGGAAAUACUAUUUAAAGUUUGGUAGAGAUAGUCCUACGUCUUUCCCUCGUUGUGAUUUUGUUCAGUUUAGAGAGAUGUCUGGCCUAUCAAAAGCUUUUCCUGCAUGGAGAGAGAAUAAAUAAAUAAUAAUAAUAAGGAGCAUCUAAGAUAUGUAAUAGUCGAGGGAGGUUAUCCAAGGAUAAAUGUUUUUAAACAAACCCAUGUGGGCCAAUUUGGGUAAGUCUCGAGAUGGGACGACAGCAUCUUGGAAAAAACGUUUAAUAUUUGUGUUUAUCAAAGAUAGGAAGAACACUGGCAGGCAUCCUUACCUUUUUUUUUUUUUUAAUUAAAGUGAAAUUAGUGCUGUAUUCACAUCUCUCCCAAAAAUGAACCUUUGUGAACAGCUGUGUUAAUCAUUUUGAGCAAUAGUGGACCUAAUUGAUUCCCAAAAUUGUACUAGACCUCAGGAGGAAUACCCUCCCAUCCAGGUGAUCAUGCUAGCCCCCAUGUCCUUUUGAGUUUACUGAAAGACAUUUGGGCUCCCAGUGAGGUGGCUUCCUCUGAUAGAUCAGGUGUUCUUAAUUAUUUUAGAAAGGACUUAGUCUGGGUUGGUGUGGAUUUAUAAUCCGAGGUAUACAGUUCUUUAUAGAAGUGGGAAAAUAUUUGAUUCAUUUGGGUUCUGAUGGUAAUUCCCGUGUUUCAGAUUCAAUAGUCGCUAUGUCAGCUAAUUGAUCAUUAGUCCAUAGCUUGUUGGCCAGUAAACGACUGAGACGAAUACCAUGAAAGUAAUGGUUGAGUCUAACUCAAUGGAUGGCAAAUUCUGCUCUCUGUUUUAUCAGUAAAUGAAGUUAUGUCUUGACAUUGGAAAGUGUAAUAGCUACCUGGUCUGAAAAUAGUGUUUGUUGAGAACUCACUAACGCAGUUAACGUUUCCAAUUUUGAUAUCUUAUUUAAUUAUAGACAUGCGAGACAAGUACAAUGAGACCAAGUCUCUCCAGCAUAUACUCUCUGACUACAACCUCAUUGAUGCCUGGCGAGCAAAUAAUCCUAAAGCAGAGGAGUACACUUUCCACUCAAACAGGCAUAAUACCUUCUUCUGUCCCGAUAACAACAUGGAAAUCAGUUCAUUCUAACAAUAUGUUCAGAGAAUCAAAAAACCUAGGAUCAUAUGAAUUUGGAGGAUACACAUUAAGGCAUUUUUCUUUCCAUUAUGGAUACAUUUAAGGAAAGUGAUUCUGCCUUCUUGGUCUUCCUUCGCCUUUACCCAAUAUUAUAAUUACACCUUUUAGUUUUGUUUGGGGCUGAUGAAAAAGCAGUCAUUUUUUACAAAUUCUCUUUUCUCUGUGUGUCCUUUUUGAGCAGCUGUGUUUCUUGGAACUUUGCUAUAUUAAUAUGGUUUCUUGCUAGGAUAUCAAGACAGCAGGAACAUUUAAUAGAAGUAUUAAGGCCCCUUCAAAUUCCAAGUGAGAACAGCUAGUGUGGACAUUGAAGAAGAAAAAAAAAGACAUCAUACUGUAUUAUUAAUGGAUGUAAUUUGUUGAAAUUAUUAUUUAAUUUUUUCCUUUCUUUCCUUGUCUUUUAUUUGAUUUGUUCAAUCGUGGGCAUGUAAUACGACAGCCGUUACAAAUAGCCAUCCCACAUUAGGGAAGUGGGAGCUAAAGAUUCAUGGUCCCCCAGACUAACCGCCACACCUCCCCAGAACACCCCGCUACCUCGGUGUGGUGGACACAUUGUCAUAUAACUGGCUAUCAGGAGCACAUUUCAUUUGUCUAUGAAAUCAGGCCCAUCCCUCUUGAUGUGUUAUUUGGUCCAACUUCUCAGUAAAAUCUUGACCACCCACUUUCUUUUGCAAUAAAUCCUCCCAGUGUA